ACCCAGAGACUGCGCUGGGAUGGAUUCAAUUACUGCCUUGGGCUAGGGCAACAAGUGUGCACGUGUCGAGCAGAUAAUCGAUCAACCGCAGCAAAUAUUUAUCCUUGCAAAGCAGGCGAGUUUAACUCUGCAAUCUGGUUAACUAACUCCACUCCCUCUCAGUUCGUUCACUUGUAGUUCCAAGCUCAUGAUUAUUGCAGCCGCUUAAGAUCUCAACCCGCUAUAUUAGAUUCCAAUCUCGCACUUUACCAAAGUGUAGCAAGGAAUAGGAGAGAUGAGCAAGAAAAAAAAUCCUCUUGUAUAUUUUGAUGUAUCGAUCGAUGGAGAUCCUGUUGAAAGAAUUGUGAUUGAGCUUUUUGCUGAUGUUGCUCCCAAAACUGCAGAGAAUUUUCGGGCACUUUGUACAGGUGAGAUGGGCAUUGGAAAAACAACUGGAAAACCUCUUCACUACAAAGGUUCUUUUUUCCAUCGAAUCAUCAAAGGAUUCAUGGCCCAAGGUGGUGACUUUUCGAAGGGAAAUGGCACUGGUGGGGAAAGUAUAUAUGGUGGGAAGUUUUCAGAUGAGAAUUUUAUUUUGAAGCACGAUGGAGCAGGUUUUCUCUCUAUGGCAAAUAGUGGUCCAAACACAAAUGGUUCUCAGUUCUUUAUAACUUUUAAGCGCCAGCCCCAUCUUGAUCGGAAACAUGUCGUUUUUGGAAAGGUCAUAAAGGGAAUAGAGGUUGUGAAAAGAAUUGAACAGUUGGGAACAGCUGAUGGCAAACCUGUCCACCCUGUAAAAAUUGUAGAUUGUGGUGAGACUUCUGAAAAUAAAAUUCAGGAUACUGUUGGCAAAGAUGCAGGAAAGAAGAAGAAAUCAGGGAAGGUUCCUUUGUCUGAUAGUAGUUCUGAUGAAAAAAGUAGAGGAAGACUAAAAAAGCAUAGAAGAAAGAAAAGGAAAAGGAGAUAUUCUUCAUCUGAUUCUCAGAGCUCUGACUCUGACUAUGAUUCAGCUUCUUCUUCUUCAGAAGAUUCUUAUACUGCUUCGUCUUCAGAAUCAGACUCAGAAUCAGAUUCCUUGCUGUCUGAUUCAGUUUCAUCUAGUGAUGGAAGGCCUAGGAGGAGGAGGCCAGUAAAAAGAGAUAAACACCAGCGUGGGAAGAAGCAGAGGGAUAGGAGAAGGGAGAGGAAGAGAGUCCGGCACGAUAAGCGAUCAAGGCGCAAGUCUAAAUGGAGUUCCAAAAGUGCCAGUGAUAUGGAAAGUACUGGUAGUAGUUCUGAUGAAAAAAAUGUCGGUCGUCAAAAUUCUGCUAAAAAAUUUAAUAACUCAACUUUUGCUGAAAAGAAUUCGAAGAAUCUUGUUGCUAGGAAAAAAUCCCCAACAAGUAUCGUAGGGAAAGAGGUUGUCACGGAAAGGGAUUCCAAGCCAAAGAGAACUGAGGAAAACUCAUCAAAUGAAGAAGGUGAAAUGUCUCCAAAGAAUGAUGAGCAUGUAAACAGUGGGCACGGGAGGGAUUCUAAUUUGGAGAUGACCGGUAGUCGUCGUUCUAAUUCUGGCAAUUCAAGCAAAUCAAGGAGUGUUAGCCCAAGCCCCAAAAGAAGGCCAGACAAUAGUCGUAAAAGCGGUGAAAGCAUGAGCCCUGAAAAUGUUCCCCGAAAUCUGAGAUUGAGAAGGGACAGUCGAAGCCCUGCUAGGAAGUCUGGUCAUAGAGCCCCUGAGGCUUCUAGAUCUAACCAUGACCAACGGUUAUCACGAAGUCCAUCUUCAGAUGGUGCGCCCAAGCGAGUUAGAAAAGGACGUGGCUUCACUGAUCGUUAUUCCUUUGCACGCCGAUACCGCACUCCUUCUCCAGAUAAAUCACCUUGGAGGUCCCACCAUUAUGGUGGAAGAAAUAUAAACGACAGAAACCGUGACAGGUAUUCAGGCUAUAGAACUUAUUCUGAAAAGUCACCUCGUAGGCGCUAUAGAAGCCCACUGAGAGGCAGGAGCCCCUCCAGAUAUGGAAGCCGCAGAAGCCAGAGUCAAAGCACUUCUCGCAGUCCAGGAAGUCAUCAUCGCCGCCAUAGGGAUCAACGCUGGAGCCAGAGUCCAGUUCGCAGUCCUAGUCCUAGAGACAGGAGACCUGCCAUAAGUGAGGGUCUGAAAUCUCGACUGGGUCCCCGAAUGGAUGAUCGGCGCCCUAUGGACAGAGGAAGAUUAAGGUCCAGUUCCAGGUCUAGGAGCAGCGGAUCUCCUGAUGCUGUACCACCGAAACGUCGCAGCAGGUCGGCUAGCAGGUCUAGAUCGAGCUCGCCCUCGGGACAUCGGGGUUUGGUAUCAUAUGGAGAUGCAAGUCCUGAUUUUGGAAAAAAAUAGCUUUAAGUUCUUUUAGUCUUGGGAAAAUACAGAAACCUGCACCACGUUGAAAUGCAAUUAGCAGUUAUUUUAGCAAGCUUAUCCAUCUGAAUUGAUUGUGAAUUUUCAUAAUGCAUUUACCAAUUCUCGUUUGUGUUUGGUGAACACGUCUGGUAAAUGAAAGCUGAAAUGAGGUAAUUCUUUCUUUUUGAGCA